GGGUGAUUCGUUGGUCGGCUUUCGUCUUUCGUAUACCAAAAAAAAAAUCAUUUUCGAUCGAAGCGGAGAAAAAAAAAAGCUCUCAAGGAAAGGCGAAUUGGAACUGUCCCGCUACGAAGGUAAAAUCGAACCCUUCUCUUGCUGAUUUAGGGAUUUAGAUUAGGUUCGAUGUUGUUUUCCUGUCAAUUUAGUGUUCGGUUUUGUGUUUUCAAUCGAUUUGGGGUCAUUUACGUUUGAAAUUAGGUUUUCGAAAAACUAGGUUUUUAAUCGAUUUGGGGUUUAGGUCGUUUGUAGUUAGGGUUUGAAAAGCAUUUUGCUUUCAAACGAUUUGGGGUUUAAGUCGUUUGUAGUUAGAGUUUUGUGUUUUCUGCUCAAGUGUUUUCGUUUGUUCUUAACUCGAUCCCUCUGAUUUGAUAAUCUUUGGUGAUGAUUUGUUGUCCUUUGUUCUUACUCGGGUUUUUAAUUGAUUUGAUAAUCUUCUCGUUUGUUCUUUUAUCCCUUUACUCUGAUUUAGUUUGCUUGGAAACUCAUUGUUGAUAUUGUUUACAUUCGUUUCUUGUUUGCAGAUGGCGAAUCCACAUGAACCUCAUUUCUUAAAGCCUCUGCUUCCUGGUUUCCACAGUGGCAUCACAAUACCACUUGGCUUCUUCUCAAAGCACAUAGAAAGGAAGACGAACCAGAAAACAUGGAAACUAAGAUCGGACGCUUCAGAUAAAAUUUGGGAAGUGAUACAAGAAGGCAUGAGACUCACCGGAGGUUGGAAAGAUUUCGCCACAGCACAUGACCUUCGAAUCGGUGACAUUGUCAUCUUCAAACACGAAGGAGACAUGGUGUUUCAUGUCACUCCUUUUGGUCCUAGCUGUUGUGAGAUUCAGUAUACAGAUCCUGACAUCAACAAGGAAGAAGCCGACGCGGGUGAUGCUGAUGACAAUGAGAUUAGUAAGUUUCAAUCAAACUUGUUUCCUCUUUUACUACAUUGCUUCUGCUUUAACUUGUUUUGUCUUGUUCUGCAGCUCACAUUGCUUCUAGCUCACGGAUGAUUUAGGAGUGAUUGUGACCGGAAAUAGAUAUCUCUUUUGCUGUGUUUCAUUCCUCUCUAUCAAACUUGUUUCCUCUCUUGCUAGUUAUCUCUUUCGGUUUGUUUCGUCUCUAUCAGAACUUGUUUCCUUUUCUUUCCUUUUGGUACUACUGUAAAAUCUUGUUGCUACAACUCGAAGUUGCCACAAGUGUAAUCUUGUUUCUUAUCUUAUAUGCUUCUCUUAUGUUA